AUGCUUGCAAUUGUGCUUUCGCUUGGCAUACUAGGAUUAAGCAUUGCACGUGUGUUUUUCAGAAGACAUUGUAUAAGAAACAAACAAGUUCUGAUUGUUGGUGGAAGUAGCGGGCUUGGGCUUGCUUUUGCAAAGAUACUGAAGAAGGCAAGCAACACUGUCACAGUAACAUCAAGAAACGCUGAAAAGCUUAAAGCAUUGGAGAAGGAGUGGGGAUUCAACACCAAGAUGAUGGAUGUUAGUUGUUUGGAUAUAUGCCUUGAUUCCACAGAAUACGACUACAUAUUCUGCUGUGCAGGGAUUGCACAUCCAUCAUACUUCAUUGAUCAGCCAUUUGAUCAUUUUAAAGAAUCCAUCGAUACAAAUUACCUGGGCACUGUUGCAGUCCUGAGCCAUUAUGCCAGAGUCAACAAGCGACCGUUUUCAUUUGUUAUGGUAAGCUCAACCUUGUCAUUGUUUACUUUUCCUGGAUUUGGAUCGUAUUCACCAUCAAAAGCUGCACUUGUGUCUCUAUUCUAUACUAUUCAGGAUGAAAUGGAAAAAUUAGGUAUCCAUCUUUACAUAUACAAUACUGCAUCUAUCCUUACACCUGGAUACAUCAGAGAAAACACAACAAAGUCGUCCUAUACAAAAUCAAUAGAAGAAAUGUCGGCUCCGUGCACUGCAGAACAAAGAGCUAUGACAUUCCUGAAUGCCAUGCAAACAAGAAGAGCAAUUCCAUCAGACACAUUCACGUAUCUAUGUCAGAUAAGACACAACUGUGAAUGCAUGAUCGACUACUUUCUCUUUCCGAUUGCAGUACUUGCUGUUUAUGCAUCAAAAGUAUUUUGUAGAUGGAGAUUCAGAAGAGUAUGA